AUGUACCGUAUAGCCAUCAAUGCCGUGGUCGGCAUCGCCUUUACGGCCAUCUUAGCCCACGCGGCGGGCGUACAGCCUGAGAAGAGAGACCUCCCAGUCGACCACGGCUGCAUUCCAUGCAAGGGCGGCGAUCGCGCAUACUAUAAAGCCGCUUCUCACGCCUUUGCCAUGGUCGAUCGUAAACUGAUCGCUGAGGGGAAGGCUUCCUUCGGUCAAACAUUUGAAGAAGGAUAUCAGCCGAAGCUAUGUGAAGCUCACGGGGUCAAUUGUGUUACAGCUGGGAAGGGCGUUACAUGGACAGGAGGUACUAAGCACCAAGGACUCACGGCUCCUGUGGGAAGGUGGAAGCGAGAGGACGGCACUGAGACGAUCGCGUGGCCAUAUUGGCAAAGUACGCUUCAAUGGACAUGUGAUGGAGGAUCUGGCACGACUUACAAUGCCCACUGCACUAUCUUCACGUGUGCUAAAGGGACAAUGAGGGCUGACAUCUCGACCGGUGGUAGCGUGCAGGGCGAUGGUCAAGGCGACGAUUUUGCGCAGAAUGUCUGCGGAUGCUUUCCCCGGCACUAUCUGGACACCGACAUCACAUUCACUCAGAUGGAUGAAAGCUCCUAG